CCAGUGUAGUGCGUUGAUUUCAUACCAAAGUCAUACUUAACAUUCCACUUAUACUGUCAAACCUCUGAGAAAUAUUACGGAAAACAACAAGGCGCCAAAUUAUAACAAACUAAGUAAACUGAACAGCUGCUCUCAUUGAGAAGAAGAAGGUGACUGCCAGAAUAAUAAUAAAAAAAAGUUCCUACCUGGAUCCAGCCUCGUUCCUCAAGAGGAAUCCAACAGUUAUACGUACAGGCGUAGAGAGAGAGACAAACAAAAAACGAUUUGGAGGAAUACACAACUUCAGUCUGGUUUGGACCUCUGCAUCCCAAAGAUCUCCUACAGAUCUGUUGAUAUUGGGGCUCAGGGUCGGGCCCAGGGGGAGCCGCCACCAUUGCGUCCAACGAGUGGAGCGCCAACGGUAGCCCAGAAGAUGGGCUGGAUGGGGACAACGAGGACAAGACCCUGGACGGGGACGCCGAGGGCGUGUGGAGCCCGGAUAUCGAGCAGAGCUUCCAGGAGGCCCUCGCCAUCUACCCUCCCUGUGGCAGGAGGAAAAUCAUCCUGUCAGAUGAGGGAAAGAUGUAUGGUCGCAAUGAAUUGAUAGCAAGGUACAUCAAGCUGAGGACGGGCAAAACCCGCACAAGAAAACAGGUGUCUAGUCACAUACAGGUGUUAGCACGGAAGAAAGUUCGUGAAUACCAGGCCGGUAUAAAGGCGAUGAAUUUGGAUCAGGCGUCUAAAGACAAAGCCUUGCAGAACAUGGCAGCGCUGUCGUCUGCACAGAUCGUCUCCCCGAGUAUGAUAAAGAACCAUCUUCCACCACUGCCUCCUGCCCCCUACCAACCAAGAUUCUGGUCUGCAAUCCCAGGACAGCCUGGACCCUCUCAGGAGCUGGUUCUAGAUCUCAACCAGGGAAGGACUCCUGGGUUUGGCCGCACCAGCCAUGCUAUCAAACCUUUUGCACAGCCCCCAUACCCAAGCCUAUCAGGUCCUGUACCACAAUCCAUACCAAGUUAUGAGCCCUUGGCACCUCCUCCUGCACCAACUGCUACUGCAGUUCCAGUGUGGCAGGACCGGACCAUUGCCUCCUCUAAGCUGCGGAUGCUGGAGUACUCAGCCUUCAUGGAGGUCCAGAGAGACCCAGACAACUACAGCAAACAUCUGUUUGUCCACAUUGGACAGACCAACCCCUCCUACAGCGACCCACUCCUCGAGGCUGUGGACAUCCGGCAGAUCUACGACAAGUUCCCUGAGAAGAAGGGCGGGCUCAAAGAGCUUUAUGAGAAAGGCCCUCAGAAUGCUUUCUUCCUAGUCAAAUUCUGGGCGGACCUGAACAGCAGCGGCAUGCAGGAUGGUCCUGGUUCUUUCUACGGUGUCAGCAGCCAGUACAGCAGCCUUGAGAACAUGACGAUCACUGUUUCAACCAAAGUCUGCUCGUUUGGAAAGCAGGUUGUCGAGAAAGUAGAGACAGAGUACGCCCGCCUGGAGGGAGGAAAGUGUGUUUACAGGAUCCACCGCUCUCCUAUGUGCGAGUACAUGAUCAACUUUAUCCACAAACUCAAACACUUGCCUGAAAAAUACAUGAUGAACAGUGUUCUUGAAAACUUCACGAUCCUACAGGUGGUGACGAACCGUGACACCCAGGAGACCUUGCUCUGUAUAGCGUUUGUUUUUGAGGUUUCCACAAGUGAACACGGAGCUCAGUAUCAUGUCUACAGACUUGUUAAAGACUAACAGCUCUUCAGGGAGGUUUUGGAAAAGCCAGACAAAAAGCGUGACACAAUCUCUCUUCGACCAGCUCAACCAUCCAGGAAAAAACAACAAAAACAAAACAUUCAAACAAUCCUAGACCGAACUAACAUGGACACAUUUUAUGCUUUAAAAAAGUCUUGUUUGCAAGGAAAAAAAGAGUGAAUCUCAACGUGCCGACACGCAAAGAAAUUUUGAAGAAUUACGGAUUUUUCGAACAACUAGCUGUCUUCCAUGUGUUUAAACAUGCUUUAGAUGAAGUGGGUCACUUUCCCAAGGUAAUUGAUGGAGUUUGAAAUGUUUUAUUGAGGGAACGAGAACGUGUUUAGGGUUUAAAAGACUCUUAUGGUAUCCAAGGGAACACACUCAAUAAGAGAAGUGUACAUAAGAUUGAAAAAGUAAAGAGAGAACAGGACCACGGAAGGGGAAAACCAGAGCCAAGUGGUGUUGUUGCAGUAGGUUUGUAAGGAAAGCAAGUGCCUUUUCUCCAAAGAUUAUAUCAUUGCCUGCCACUUUGGAUUGCCUUUUUUUUUUACUACCUCUUGUUUUUAAACAAACAGAAAAUAAUCAGACAGGUGUAUUUUGUCAAAAAAAAUUGGAAAGAAUCUCUCAGAUCUACAUCGUGUGAGGCACUUUUUGUAUUCCGGCACACAGAGGAAUGGGAUGGGAUAACUAAUUUUCAUUGUAGCCUGUUGUUUUACAAACAAAAUCGUCCCAAGUUUUACAAGUCCAAGUGUACAGGGAGAAGGUUUAUUGUGUUAACGUACUAUUUAGGUUCUGCUUUUUUUUUUUAUGUUUUAUUACACAAUUUAAAAAUCAGGUCUUACAAGCAUCUAUCUAUAACUGACUUGUGACACUAGGGAUGCUUUGUACCAUUGCUAGCCUAAAAUAAAGCCGGGGCUUUGCCAUCCCUACCAGAUCCCCUGUUAUUUCUCUCUGUUUGAAGACGUGUGCUUGGUUGCACUUAAAAGAUCCAGAAGGGGGGAGGUGAAGCAACAGCAGUGCUUAUUUUCUGCCUUGAGUUAUGUAGCCUAAUUGAAAGAUGAAUUGUUUCUGUACUGUGAGUCAGCGGAUGCUAAAGGAAUAUGUGUUACAUAGGAGUAUUUUUGGGGGGUACUUUAUGUUCAUAUUUGUGAUCAAGUAACUCAGCACAGAGACGAUGGUUUAAGUGGAGAGAAGUUAAUCACUGUUUCUUUUGUUUAAAAAAGAGAUUGUAUGCUGUGAAGUCGGUUCAUUUGCUUCACCCUUCUCCGUGUAAUGUGUGGAGAAGCUGCAUCUGUUAAUAAAAGUUCAGUUUUUAUAUUUAAGACCAUUUUUUACUGACAUUACACAUGAAAUAAUUUUGAAAUCAAACUAAAUAAUUGUCUUGAAUGAGAGCUAUUGUCUCUGUGCUGUGGAGUAUGACCAUUGAUUGUUAUUUAUGGGGUUGGAAACGAAAUAGCGGGAGGGCAGGGUGGGGUACUGGAGAUGUAUUGAUCAUUUUCUAUUGUGAUGGAGAUGUUAAAAGUAUUGCAGGACUCAUAUUAGAGACAGGAGAACUGUCAUCCCAUGGAUCCUGCUAGACAAGUGUCUACUCUGUGUGGUUCACUGGACAAUUGUGCUAUAAAAGUUCAAAUUUAAGAUAUUGUACGGUGGAAUAAUUGCACCUGGCUUUGAAUGUCAUAUUUCACAAGCUAGAUACAAUAACACUCCUACUCUAGCAGGUUUCUCAAUUUAUCUUUUAUACAGACUUUUUUUUUUUUUUGCCAUUAUCAAGAUUAAUGUUUUUGUUUUGAUUCUGUUGUCUUUUGACUUUCAGUGUUUGCCAUAUGCUUCACUGAAAAUAAUGUGUGAUUGUGCUGAUAUUGAUAAUUAAUAAUGAGAUAUCUAAUGUAUCAUAUUCUGAAUGGUGUGGGCAGUUUUUUUUUUGUUGUUGUUGUUUUUUUGGGGUUUACUGUUGUCUUUGUUACCAUUGUGCAUUGCAAUUUUAUACUUCAAAGUAGAGGUUGGACUAUGUAAUCAAACAAAUGUAUCUAACAAUAAAAGACGCAUGGUGCCUUUGGGGCCAUUUUUCCCCCAGAAAACUUA